UAAAAAUGAUUUAUAUGGUCUUUCUAAAAUUCUUAGAAAGUUAUUUAUUUAUUUUUGAAGAUUAUAGCAGAAAGUAGUAAAUAAACAGAAAACCCAAAUUAAGAUUUCAAUAUCAGACGAAUGCGUCAGCUCUGUUUCUCCCUAGGAGUUGCAGCUUCAAAUCCAACUUCUCCGAAGCUAAUUUUUGCUUUUACAGGCCUCAAACACAGGGUUUCCGGACUGGGUUUUUGUUAGUUCAUUCAUAUGGGUCAUGAAUAAAUUCCAUUGAUGCAAAAUGGUAUUUGCAUUUAUAUACAGCUUACAAAAUCUAUGGCCUUUAUCAGUUCUCAAGUAUAAUGAUUUAAAAGCAUCUAAUGAAUUGGUUAGUAAGCUAUCGGUACCCGAAAACACGAAAAGAUUUGUCUACGCAGUUCGUGAUCCGGAUUCUCAAUCAGUUAUUUAUAUACUCUGUGUUCAGAAUUUAUCUGAAAGAUCAGCUAUAGAUGCCGAGUGUCUUAUUAGGGCGAUUCGGCCUGAAGCUGUUGUGGCCCAGGUUUCAAAUUCUGAUAUGAGUGAGAUUCAAUUCGAAGAUAUUGAAUUAAAAAAUAAAUUAGUAGACAACCCGGUUCCAACUUCGGCUUUCGAAGUGAUUAAAAGAUGUUUUGUUGAUAAGACUAAUAAGGAUAAGUAUGAAAAUGUUGCUUGUAACUUGGUCUUGAAGGAAAUAUUCGGUGUUGGUUCUUAUGGUCAUGUUAUGGCUGCGAAGAGAGUGGCCAAGGAGGUCGGUUCGUCUUUUUUGUUGGUUGAAACCCCAGUUGUUGGAACAGCUGCUUCGGAUAAUAAUUCUUCUAGUGAAGUUAACAUAGGGUUUAAGGUUAAUGGUUUAGUUAGUAACUUGGUUCCAGUUAACGUCGGUACCCUUGCUUCAUCCAGUUCAAGGAGGUUUUGUCUUACUGAUGAUGUUCAGUCACAGAUGGUGAAGUUAUUGUCGGCGUAUAUGGAUGCAUCUUUACAGAAAAUAAGUCCCCCAAAUUCUGAUCCGGAAGCGGGUUCGAAAGAAAUUCACCCCGGUAGUAGCCCCCAGGUGCCUUCAUUUGCACAAUCCAUCUAUCCGUUGCUUUUGGAUUUACAUAAUAUAUUUGCUGAUAUUCCGUCUAUAACUAGGGCUCUAGCUUCUUCACAAAAGAUGUUCUAUGAUGUUAAUAGAGGGGAAACUGUAGAUACUGAAAUUAUAUCUGAAGUUUACACCUUCCGGAUUGCAGUGGAAGGGUUGAGGAUUGCACUAAAUAGUGUUGGCCGAUUACCUCUCAAAUUGGGAAUGACUAAUAAGACCAAGGCUGAGUUUACAGAACUUACAGUUGAAGAUAAGUCUUCAGCACUUCUUGCACAGACCCUUCAAAAUCAGAGUGUAAAGUUCAAGAAAAUAGUAGCUUUAGUAGAUUCUAGUGCCUUAGCAGGUCUAAGGAAAAAUUGGGGCGUGGCGCUGCCUCCAGAGAUCAAGGAAAUGGUUGGCCAGCUUGUCGAGGAAUGUGAUUUGGAUGGGGAAUCUUCAAACCAGUCAGACAAGAAGUCGUUAUUUUCGAAUAAACCUGUGAUGGCAGUUGGAGCUGGGGCAACAGCAGUUUUAGGAACUUCUUCGCUAUCCAAAAUCAUACCUACAUCGUCAUUCUUGAAGUUUUUGACAUUUAAACUGCCUGCUCCUCUCAAUUUUGCACUAACCCAAUUCCAGAAAUCAAUGGCAGUGGCUCUAGGCAAAACUCUUGGUCCCUCAAAGGUGGUUGCCCCAGGAUUGGCGAAUUCUGGGGUCAACGCGACAUCUUUCUUAAAAGCAGCUACUUCUGCUGAAAAAAUAAGGACAGUGGUCCACAGUGUUAUUGCCUCUGUCGAGAAGACCAGUUUUUCAGCGACCAGAACUGCGUUCUACGAGAUAAUGAGAAAACGUAGGGUACAACCCAUUGGGUUGCUACCUUGGGCAACAUUUGGGUGCAGCAUUGCAACUUGCUCUGGUUUGCUUAUGUAUGGAGAUGGGAUUGAGUGUGCUGUUGAAUCUGUUCCUGCAGCACCUUCAAUUGCCAGUUUGGGUCGAGGGAUUCAAAAUUUGCAUCUGGCGUCUUCAAAAGUGAGACAAACAGAUCGAAUACAAAUCGCCAUUGAGUCGCUGAUGAACAGGUUGAGGAAAGUAAAAAUUCAAUAGAGCUCUUCUUUUGUAUACUAAAAAUAGUUGGUUCUCUUUACAAUCAAGUUAUAUAGUUUUCUGUACA